UUUGUUGCGCCCUGUCGCCGUGUUAGUGAUCCGAUAUCGGACAGAAAAACUAACAAAAACAGCCUCAAUUGUUGACGUCGAAGGUGAAUGUGACGCCUUGAUGUUAAAGGACCAAGCGAUGUCUGUGGUGUUCGACGGGAGUCCGCUGAAAGCGAUGCAGAGCUCGCACACUCUCAGCCCGCAGAGCAGCCUGAGUGCCCAGGAGCUCUCUCAGGAAAUCAAGUCCUUUAUCAGUGGCGUUGACACCGUUCAGGGCCGGAAGCUCAGUGUGCGGGAACACGCCCGCUGUGCUGUCCGGCUGCUGCGCUCGGUCCCGGCCUGUCGGGGGGCCGUACUGGAGCAUCUGAGGGGGGUGUACGACGAACAUGUGUCCGCCUUCCUGCACAACCUGGAGACCGGGGGGGAGGCCAGCGCUGGAGUCAGUUCCAAUCUGGAGGACAUCAUAAAGGAGGUCCAUGGCGUGCUGUUGGAGUUCAUCCGGCUGAACCCCCGGGCCUGGGCGCCCCUGGUGUCUUCCUGGGCUGUGGACUUGUUGGGGCAGCUGAGCAGUAAGCAUGCUGGCCGCAGAGUGGCCCCCCACUCCUCCAGCCUCAAUGAGCUGCUCCAGCUCUGGAUGUCCUGUGCUGCCACCCGGUCCCUCAUGGAGGCCUACUCACAGUGUUUGGCGGCCAUGCUGGCGUGGUGUCCUGAUGCCUGUGUGGAUGCACUGUUGGACACCUCGGUUCAGCACUCCCCACAUUUUGACUGGGUGGUGGCUCACAUUGGGUCUGCCUUCCCGGGUACUAUCAUCAGCCGAGUCCUGGCAUGUGGACUCAAAGACUUCUGCUCUCAUGGUGCCAAGGACCAAGGGUUAAUGGUGAUGGGAGUGGAUAAAGGAAGCAGAGUUCCUAAAAUUGGCUCAGUGGUGGGAAUCCUAGGGCACCUCGCAGCGCAUCACUCAGACAGCAUCAGGAAGGAGCUCCUCAGGAUGUUCCAGGAGAGCCUGAGUCCAUCAAGCCCCCUUUCUCCCACUUCAUCCUCCACCUCCUGGGAGAGUUCCCCUCAGCUUCGUCGAGCUGCAGUACCAUUUCUGCUGCAGCUGGCUGCGAUGUCGCCCAACCUCUUUGGUGCUGUGUCUGCAGAGCUGGUAGAGCUCUUACGCCCCCCUGUCCUACUCCAGCUGCAGGCCUUGCUGCAGGGCCUCCCCAGAGAGGAACUGGAUAACAUGCUGGGCCUUGCUGUCCAUCUCAUUAGCCAGAGUCCCUCAGGAGGGGCCCGCGUCCUCCGUUUUUUGGCAGACACGGCGACUCCAGCCUCUGUCAUCAUAUCUGGCCCAACACCCUCCCCUCAUGAAGGAGUCAGAGAAGGUUGUGAUCGCCUCCUCCAGAUGCUGCUUCUGCAUCUGCAUAAACUGGUUUUCAACCGCUCAGAUGGAGCGGAAGGAAAAUCCCAUCACUCCGCUUCACCUCAACCUCAGAGGGUCAUCCCCUUCUUGGAGGAGCUGCAGUCUCAUGUGGGUGAGCUCUGUGCUGAGACGCUGCGCCUGGAGAGAAAACGUCAUCUCUGGCUGCACCAGCUUCUGUGUCUGCUCUCAGUCUAUGGGGGUCCCCGCGUGGCCACCGAGGCCCUCUGCCAGCUCCUCACACAGGCCCGUAACCCAGAGGAGCUGGCUCUGGCCUGGCAGCUUCACACCACGCUCUCCUCCUGCAUGGCGGGACUCAUUCCCGCCGCAGUGACUCGCUGUGUGGCCCAGAUCCACACACACAUCCUGGGGCCCCGGCAGCUGAGGCAGCUGCUGCUUAACCUGGCUGCAGCCAUCCAGAGUCAGGAUGAGGAGAGAAGAGGAUCAGCCGGUGCUCAGUCCUCCAUGGCCAUCCAGAUGGGCUCAGCGGUCUCAGUAUACCUCCAUGAUUUCGGUCCACUCCUUCUCCACGGUGACCCGGCUGUAUCUCAUGCCACAGUGCGCCUCCUGUCCUGCAGCCCCCUCCCUCGCACCUCCUCGCCAGCACACCUGCUCCUGCUGUCCCGUGCUGCCGUCACUUAUUUCUUUCUGGCACUGCGGAGAAGAGGAGAGGCUGGAACGGUGGGGAGAGAUGUUGGACAGGCUGGUGAGGCGGUGAACUGUGCGGUCCUGCUCCUGUCCCGUUUAGCGGCGUACUCCCCGCUCACUCUGAAGGCGGUGCUCCAGCAGCUGGUUGAGGGAGCGCUGCAUAAAGGCAACGCUGAGCUGUUUGGAGGUCAGAUCGCCGACAUGUCUGGAGCUCCUUUGCCUGCCCCCUCUGUGUCCCCCGACGUCGGAGCCUCGCUGCUAGACAUCAACUGUCGGUUUGGCACCACCGUCAACUUCUCUGGUAGCGUGUGGUCCGUAUUUCAUGCUGGGGUAAUCGGCAAGGGCUUGAAGGUCCGCACUGCAACACAGCUGCUUGAACCAUCUAGGGUCAUCCAGAACGUCCAGACUCUUCUGACUGUCGUAGUCCAGUGUUGCAGCUCCUAUGGUCUCAACGGAUCUAUCAACGGUUCACGACCCCCAUCUGACCCCGAGGAGCCGUCGCCCAUCAACGCUGAGGCAGCCAAAGUCGUCGCAAUCACCCUGGUGGAAAACGUGUGUCCGGAUGUGGCCAAUGGGGAGCUGUCCUGGCCCCCGGAGGAGCACGCCCGCACCACGGUGGAGCGAGACAUCCACAUUCGGCGCUGCUUUGAGGCCCACCCAGUGAUUUUCCCUCUACUACAGGUGGUGGCAGCUGGACGCCCGGCUCUCUGCUACUGCUCGGCUGUGCUCCGAGGCCUCCUGGCCACUCUGCUGGCCCACUGGGAGGCGUCCCGCGAGAUGUCAUCCACAGACUCCCCGUGGCACCUCCAAGCCUCCUGCCUCCUGGUGUCCUGCAUGGGAGAGGGCCAGCUCCUGCCUCCUGUGCUCGCCAACGUCCACGAAGCCUUCCCCCACCUCACUCCCUUCGAGGUGCGGCUGCUCCUCCUGGCUGUGUGGGAGUAUGUGAGAGGCAAUGGACCAAUGCCCCAGAAGUUUGUCUUCAGCUCAGAGAAGGGCCUGUUCUGCAGGGAUUUCUCACGGGACGGUGAUGUGGCGAGAUACGUGGCGCCGAUUCACAGCGUCCUGCAUAAAAACAUUGAUAGAUUAGGACACCUGUGCUGGCGGUUCCAGCUCUAAAGUGAAGUAGGGAGAAAACAGUGAAGAAAAAUAGAUGGAAAACUGUGUUACACUGCUCCAAGAGCGGACUGCAAAGUUGCUACCACCGUACUUCAGUUUCAUACAAGUAGAGUUUGUGUGUGUGUAAUUGUGUCUGUGUGUGUUCCUUUUGUACCAUAAUUUUUUGACUUUAAAAUUGAUUGUGAGACAGAGACUGGGACAAGCAAAAUGGCACACAUGCUCUGUUUAUUGUGUUAAUACAGAGUGUGCGCUACACAAAAAGACUUCUUUUGUCAUUUUGGUUUAGAGAAUAAAACAUAAUUUUAUAGAUAGUUUUGUAUGAUUGCCCAUGUCUAUCAAGGCUGCAACCAUCGCUUGCAUCUCUUGUUGUAUGUGCAAAAUGUUAUUUCAACCACUUUUCAAAAUAAAUAUGUUCCUGAAAAACGUCUUGAACUAAGCAUCCUUGUUGGUGCUGAAAGGGUAAUUUAUGAUUUCAAAGUCUGUUAUUACCACAUUCAAUGCCUUACGUAUGUCCUCUUGGUUAGUGGUUUCCAGCCAUUUUUAAACACAAAGCACUAAAUCACAGGGAGGUGGUUCUUCCCUCUGAUUUAUUUUGUUUUUAUUUAUUCUGGCUUAAAACAGCAAAGAGCAUUUGCUAAAUAUAAAGGAAUACACUUUCAAAUCUAAUCACAAGUAGAUGCAUGUAUAAUCUUGUGAAACAAAAGAUGCUAUAUCAUGACAACGAAUGCAAAACAAUGUUAAAGAUUAAACAAACAGAAAUGUUGAUGACUGUUUGACUUGUUAUCUCACUUCUUAAAUGGAAUGAUAAAUGAAAAUCCACUCAUUAACUUCUCACCACUAUGUACAUGGAAGGGUGGGUGAAGUGUUUGAGUCCACAUAACACUUCUGGAGUUUUAGGAGCAAACAGCAUUGCAGUCAAACCCAAAUACAUUUGAAUAAAUCGCGACCAACAUAAAAACAUGGCAAAUGGCAAAAAACAUACAAUGACUCCAUACUGUUCCUAUGGUGUUAUCCAAGUGUCUGUAAGCACCGGCAUUCAUAUUCCACUUGAAACUGUUAUUUACAUCAUAUUUUGAGCCUAAAUAUCCUCUAUGAUCCUCCCCUAGCCUUCUGGAGGCAUUUUAGAUUUUUUUUUCCUUCUUUUAAAUAAUCGAUCACCAGUUACUUUCAUUUUAUUGGAUUUGGCUGCAACACUGUUUACCCAUGAAACUCCCAAAGUGUUUUGUGCACCCCUCCAUUUGCACAGUGGUGAGUAGAUAAUGAGUGAAUUUUCAUCUUUUGGUGAACUAUCCCUUUAAGACACAUCUUCAUGAAAAAGCUUUAAUCAUGUGAUGUCUACUGAUUUUAUAUAUGUUGAC